CUUUCCCCCCUGAUGUGAUGGACUCAAUCAGAGCUGGAGUCCAGCCAAACACACACAGAGCUGCUCUGGAGGAUGUGCGUAGUAGUCCUGAGAGCUUUAUCAGAGUACACCAACACCACGCUCCUGUGAAUACCAUGAAGCCAAAGUCUCUCUGUGUGCCUCGACUUGGACUCUUUGAGGACACUGAUGUCAGAUACAGGCGGCAGGUCGACAGCGGCUCACCGGAGCAGAGCCUCGAUCAGCCGGCAGAGAGUCCCAAAGAUCCGCGCUUCACUUUACUGCAGCCGGAGAGAUCUCCAUAUCAGCACUUAGUGGAAGAUGACAGCCAACUCAGACUAAAGGAGGAAAAGAAAACGAAAAAGAAAGAAAAGUAUAAAAAAUACAAAAAGAACGUGGGGAAGGCUCUUCGCUACAGUUGGAAAUGUCUGAUGUUGGGUCUGCAGAACUUCACUGUGGGAUACUCCACCCCUCUUUCUGCUGCUGCCACAAUUGUUCCAGAUUUCCAUUCGGGAGGAGCCUGGAGUUGAGAGAAUCCGUGGCCAGCAUUUACUGUCAGGACCCAAAAUCUUCUCAUAUGGAGCAGUUAAUGCUGCACAUCCAGAUGCUGAUUAAUUUUUUUUACCUGACAUCUGCCCUGGACAUGCAUCUCAACCUCUCAUGCUGUUAAUAUUAUGUAUGUCUUCUCUUUGGAUUUGUGAUAAAGUUAUGUUCACAUUGCAAUUGAGAUCUACAGCUGUAAGGAAGACUUGUCUUUGUAUACUCAUGUUUUAUUUGUGUAUAUUUUGCUAUGAUUGAAUUAAUGUAUUCGUGUAUCAAAGUGAUUCUUGUUUAUAGAACAAGUAGGCAACUAACAUUUUGUCUGAAUUUUUAAUUAUUUCAUGCAUAUGUGCUUGGAUCACCUGAUUAUUUUAUUUGCAACUCACUGUAUAGACUUCAAAUUAACAGGGGAAACUGGUUUAGACUA